UGUGCGUGUGUGUGUGUGUGUCUGUACCUUAUUUUUUUUUUUUUUUUUUACUUUAUAAUGUCUAUAAAACAUGACAAAACAUUCAAGGUCCUGGAAGACUGGUUAGAUGCGUUAAAGGAUCGAGCACCUAUUAAUAUUUCAUACGUCACUCGUUCGAUCAAUAACACGGUGGUAGCUCGUAUCAAGACACUGGAGCUCAUCUAUAGCAAGUCUUGGUUAUAUACCUUUCUGCUGAAUAAAGGAGUUUACCCUUUUGUUCUCUUUUCGUUUCUCACUACUGCCCUCACGUAUGGGGCUAUCCGAACCUACCGUCGAUCCACACACCUUGUCCUUAACCUUGUUGGCGUGCUCUACCCGUCUUGGCGUUGCUGGCAAUUGAUAAAACAGAAACAACAUGACACGGACGAAUUAAAGGCAUGGCUGACUUAUUGGAUGAUGUUUGGUUCAUUCCAAGUGCUGGAUCACUGGAUGGAUAUGGUGUCUGUUUCAAGGAGAAAGUACAACUUGUACAAGUUAUUCAUCUUGUACUGGGCACAAAGUCCUCAUUCGAAAGGAGCCGAGUUAUUGUACCGUCAUGUCCUUCAGAAACCACAGGAAGAAAAAAGAGAAGAAGAAGAGUGUGAAGGAAUAGAGGUGACACGGAAGGAAACUGUCUAUAGUUACAUGGAUGGAUACCAACCACCUCAUCUACUCGCUUCCAAUCAUAGCAGUGAUGAUGAUGAUUCUGUAAAAUCAGGUAUCAUUACCCAUGCCCCCACUACAACCAUUGUUGAAAAAGAGGUAUAAAAAGAUAUAUUAUUUUAUUUUAUAAGUUAACAAACAAAACAAAAAUAG